AUGUUAGACCGUGGUUCGACUGCACGUCGGCGUUUUGGCCAUCGCAUCAUCGAGUCGUCGUCGUCGGCUUGGCCCCCCGUCACUGAACGCUGUCCCUCUCUCCGCAUUCUCGUCCUCUUCCGCCUCCAUCGCGACUCAAACCCAGAGCGACCACUCGUGCUCCUGACGUCCAUUGCAAGCUUCUCGGCUACGCAAAGCGCCUCGCUCGCAUCCCUGCAGGCGCCCGCGCCGCCCUGCCGCCCUCGUCGACCGCUUCAUCUCGUCCGGCACACGCUGCAUCGCAGCCGAGACAUGGCCAUCAUGGACGGCGAUGACAUGCAGAGACUGUGGUCUCUCGUCGAAGACCUCACAAACCAGCUCCAGGCCAACCGACAGCUCUGCGAAUCGCUCCAGCAGCAGGCAGACCAGCUGCGCGGACAGGCCAUCCACUCGGGCACCGGCUUUGCCCUGCGCCGCUUCAACACCGACAUCUCCAAGGAGAAGUUCGAGUCCGAGCUCGAGUCGCUCAAUGUCCAUCUCGUCAAGGAGAAUCUGGCGCUGUCGCAUGAGAACAAGCAGCAGGCGGUGCUGCUGCGCGAGUACGAAAACACGCUCGAGACCGUCAUGGCCAAGUUUCGCAGCUUCUCCCAUUCCACACAGCAGCACACGCUCCAGCUCACACAGCACUACGAGUCGCUCCUCGCACAGAACACGCACAAUGCAGCCCAGCAGACGCUCGCCGCAGAGACCGCGUUUAGCGGCACGCUCACCCAUCUCGGCGGCCUCGUCAGGCGCGCCAUGCAGUCGCUCGAUGGAGAGUUUAGCGACGACGACGACGACGACGACGACGACGACGACGAUGCCGGCGAUGCGCAGCCGCGCAAGUCAAAACGCGGAUGGAUCCAGGAUCCAAAGUGGUACGGAUCGGGCGGGUAUACGGGCAAGGACCCCGCUGCGUUGCGCGCCGACGACGCGCUCGAGCACCUGACCGAAGAGGAGCGCCUGCGCAUGGAGAACGAGACGUUCCGCGAACUACUUGGUCUCAAGGAGAAGAGCGACGCGCUCUUGUCCACACUGCCCAACGCCGAAGCGGGCGCGGUCGUGCACGCGUCCAAACCACUCUCGCCCGCCGAGAGGCGUGCAUCGCUCACUGUGGACGAAGCAGCCAUCGCGGCAGAGGCAAGCGGUCAGCCGUCGUUGAACGCGCUCCAGGUCUCGUCCACCUUGCGGCCCGAUGACAAGCCAUCCAGCCCCGGCGCCACAAUACCCUUGGCAGCACGCUCGCCCAAGCUCGCUCCCACGCUGGAACGAAAGGAACAGAUCAUCGAGGAGGCCAUCCUGGCAGACGAAGAGCAGGACACCGAGCGAGGCCGAAGAGCGGCCGACGCCAGUCCUGUCAUCAGUGCCGACUCGACCGCCUUCGAGCGCGUCACCGCUGCGGCCCCGGCUGGCACGGCUGCGGACGAGGCCGAAUCGGCACCCUCCUCGAUCCAGGAGCUGCGUGCUGCCGCGUCGCAGUCGCAAGCGGUGGAAGACCCGCCAGUGCAGUCCGAAUCCGUCGAGGCUGGUGCGGAUGCAGACGCCAUCACGCCCAUCGACGAGGUCGAUACCGUCCAAGCGGCAGAGCCAGCAACGAGCGACGGACCGAAUCUGGUGGCCGAAGCCGCGCCUCCUGCGCUCGUUUCGACGGGAAUGGAAGAUACGGACGCGCUGUCGUCCAAGACUACAGUCACGUCGGUCUCAGGAUCCCAGGCGGUUGAUGCGGUGGUGGACUCGACGACCAGCAGCAGCAGCAGCAGCAGCAGCAGCGUAUCGCCAAAGUCGGAGCCGUCUUCUCUCACCACACCGUCGGACACUUCUUCGACUGAAGCCAGCUCGCCCGCUAAGAGUGAUGCAGCUCUACCGAAACAUAGCGAGCCUUUGGACGAGCCCACGAGCAGCGUCUCUGCUACUCUGCCCACCCAUGUGGCUUCGAAAGCAGAUUCGUCGGUGGCGAGUAUUCCUGCCGAGCCCUCGAAGGCAGACGAACAGAGCGCGCGCCAAGAGGCGACGGACGAAGUGACGGCUGGUGCACGCUCGGUGGCUAGUGAUGCCUUGUCUGGCGGUGGAGCGGAUGAAGCGAGCCCAGAUACCAAGGCGGAAGGAAUUGAGGCGGUCAAGGAGGCAGCCGCGCCCAAGAACGUGCAGACGCCCAAGGAGCAGCCGGGUCAGGGCAAGAAGGCGGACGGAUCGGCAUCGCCCAGCAAGAAGGGCGGACGCCAUCGCGGCAAGGGCAGGCACCACCACAAGUCGCAUUCGUCCGCGUCCAAUAAGGGCUCCUCAUGA